AUGUCAGCAGACUCAGCAGCAGCUCGUCGGGAAGCUCGCAGGGCAAAGAUUUUAGCCAAGGGAAAUGAGCGGCUCAACAAGCUCACUAGCACUUACAACGGCACAACCGUCGAACCGGCGGAGGAGGCAGGGUCGGGCGAGGGUGUGCCUGGGAAUGUCAAUACCAUCGAAGGAGGAAGCGGAGGCGGUGAGGAGAAUGCCGCUGCUGCUACCACUCCUAUCGGCAAGUCAAACCCCACCAUCCGACCUGCAGAACAUUUCCCCGCCCAGUCCCCCGCCGAAUCGCACCUUCGUCAACGUCUCGCAACCCAAUCAACUUCCUCUUUCCAACAGCCGCAAUCGCCAUCUGUAGCACGCACCCCUGUCCGACAAACCCAACCUUCCGUGGCCGCUCCGAUCGCCCCUUCACCUUUACUCAGUGGAUUUGAUAUGGAGGAUGAUGUAGACGGAACGGGAGCGGAGAUGAUGGCCGAGCUGCAGAGGAGGAUGGCGGCGGCUAUGGGAGGAGCAGGAGGGCCAUUUAGUGGUGCCCUUGCACCAUCAAUCCACUCAGGCAGUGAUGAGGCCGGAGCAGCAGUAGCCGCAGGAGGCCUAGAUCAACAAGAAAUCGUGCAAAACACUCGAGUAGAAACAGCUUUCCGAUAUUUCCGCCGGCUCUCCAUGCUCCUGCUUGCACUGUUCACUAUGUUCCACUUGGUCACCGCUUCGGAAUACUGGGAAGAUUACGACGACACGGUCGGACUGUCAGAGUGGAAGGUGUGGACGCGGCGGGCAGGCAGUUUGACGCAGAAGGCUACUGCUGAGGGGUUUGCAGGCGUGACGGCAGAGCGCGGGGUCUUGACUUGGGUCAAUUUCUUGACGGUCGAGAUCGGGUUGCAGGGUAUUGGGUAUCUCAUCAAGCAGGUGGGUUCAUCCAUUGGUACACCUUGAUAUCGACGGUCAACACUAACCUCAAUCAUUGUGUUUCUCUCAGGCAACCAAAUCACCCCUAUCCUCCCCAACGGGUAUGCCCGGCAUGCUCCAAAUGGCCCGCGACAUGGGCUUUUCGAACCCGAAGCUCGAUUUCGUCAUCGGCUUUGUUAGCAAUUACAGCUCGAUCUGGUCGAACCUGUCGGAAGACAUGUCGGUGUAUUUGGUAGGCAUUGGGCUGCUGGUUGCUGUUGCUGCGUUGAUACCUCUAGGGUAGGCUAGAUUCUACAUGUAAAUAUGAGGCUGUACAUAUUGGUUAUUCGAGAUCUGCGUACGGAUGAUUGAGCAUGAACUGGAUGGUGCAGUGAAAG